AUGGUGGUGUCGUUCAUCACUAGACUUCUAACACUGGCUCUAGGGUACGCCUACCCGGCUUACGACUGCUACAAGACGCUGGAACUGAACAAGCCGCAGAUGGAACAGUUGCGUUUCUGGUGCAAGUAUUGGAUUCUGCUCGCGUUCCUGACGGCUCUCGAGAGGGUCACGGACUGCACGGUCUCAUGGCUGCCGAUGUACGGCGAGGUGAAGCUCGCGCUCGUCGUCUACCUCUGGCACCCCAGGACAACGGGAGCGAGACACGUCUACGACGGCUACCUGCGGCCGUUCCUGGCGACGCACGAGGCGGACAUCGACCGCGGCCUGCUGGAGCUGAGGGCCAGGGCCACGGACGCGACGGCGUCGCACCUCCAGACGGCCGUGGCCCUCGGGCGGACGUGGUUCGUCGAGGUCGUCCGCCGAGCUUCGUCGCAGCUGCAGACCUCGAGAGGCCGGGCCGAGCAGGAACGCCGAUCUUCCUCUCCAGAUACCAGUCCAGAACGCUGA